CGUCACCGCAACAGUAGGUGUGAGCACUGUGCUAUGCAGCCCCUCCUCCACCAGAGCUCCCCAUUCCAAGCUCCCCUCUCCUCCUCUCCUCCUACCUAUUCCUAAUCCUAUUCUUACUCCCCCUCCUACUCCUCCUCUCCCAAAUCGAGCCACUCACGCUCUUACGCAUCUCUCUCACCUUCUUUUUGCUCUCCCAUCUCCAUCUCUCUCCCACUACCGUCGACUUCCAUCCCCGCCUCGGCCAUCACCCACCCCGCCCACAAUGGCUUCCCACGAUGAUGAAACCAUGCCCGACCAGACCGAGGGCUACACGCUCUCCCAGCCCAAGCAGAGUAUGGCCCAGUACCAGCAGAUGGACGCCGGCGAUGAGUCCCUCCAGCGCUACAAGGAGUCCCUUGGUCUAGGUGGCGGCAAGGACAUUUCCGACCCCAACGACCCCCGCGUCUGCAUCAUCCUGUCGCUGACCAUGGAGUCCCCCGGCCGCGAAGCCGUCACCAUCGACCUCUCCCUGCCCGGCAGCGAGAAGACCCUCAAGGACAAGCCCUUCAUCAUCGUCGGGGGUUCCAAGUUCACCAUGGUCGCCAAGUUCAAGGUCCAGCACGAGAUCCUCAGCGGUCUGCACUACGUCCAGGUCGUCAAGCGCCGCAGCCGCGUCGGGCUCGAGGCCACGGUCUCCAGGGACUCGGAGAUGAUUGGUAGCUACGCUCCCAACACCGACAAGCAGACCACCUAUGAGAAGAAGUUCCAAGAGGAGGAAGCCCCCAAGGGAUUCCUCGCUAAUGGCCACUACAAGGUCACCUCCACCUUCGUUGACGACGACAAGAAAACACAUCUCAAGUUCGAGUGGACUUUCGACAUCGUUGACGAGAAGAACCGGUAGAAAGCCCACGACGAAUCUUGGUCAAGCCAACCUGGAAUACCCAAACAAAAUUACAUGUCAUGAGAUACGAGAUACCUGGUCUUGAACAAAAUUAUACAUUGAAAAUAAGAAAAAAAUCACAUAAAGAGGAGAAAUUGUCAGUUGGAGCUGAACACGUGGGGCAUACUUCACCUUUACUUUUACUUUUACCAUACGUUGCCUUACCUUAGAGUAGAUCACGUUUCACAUGGCCCAAGAAUUACCAAAACAGCUUGUGUCGGGCUCUAUCUCGUUAUGCAACAACAAUAAAAAAUCUAUUCUGCCA